UUGUGAGGUCAAAGGUCACGCAUGAAUCACCGUUCCGUUAGACUAUAUAUUGUGGCUUCACAGCUGUCUGUUCAACACUAACUAAACGUACACGUGUCUGUGAACAGUUUUGAAAUCCAGGAAUAAGGAAUUAUCUCGUCACCAUGUCUGCUAACAGAGCUACAAAAAGUGGAAUUGCUCGUGAUGUUCAAGAAAAGCUUAAUAGUAAAUAUAACGCGGAGUUAGCCAGCAAAGUGCUUGAAUGGGUCCAACAUCACAGCGGGGAGUCCUUCAGUACUGACGGAAGUCAGGAAAACGUGUUCAAAGUGCUAAACGACGGUUACGUUCUUGGCCGUUUGAUCACGAAUCUUGGUUCUAAGAAGGUGCCUGCCAAUAUGCUAACGAAACGACAGACGAUGGCUUUUAAAAAGAUGGAUUUGAUAAGUAAAUUCCUUGACGGAGCCAAAGAACUGGGCGUGAGUGACGGUGAUCGAUUUCAAACUGUCGACCUUACGGAUCAGAGUAACCUCGGCCAAGUCGUUACUUGUCUUGAUUCCCUGGGCAGGAAGACUGGAACAUUCGGAGUGAAAGAAGCUACAAAGAAUGAACGACAGUUUACACAAGAACAAUUGGAUGCCGGGAAAGGUGUGAUUAGUCUACAGUACGGUACAAACCAGGGCGCGUCACAGGCCGGACAGAACUUCGGUUGCCAACGACACAUAAUGGAACCAGAGAAAAAUCAGUAGAACAUUUCAACUAAAAUUUUAGCCAAGAGAAACGAAUUUUGGACUGAUAAGUCAUGGAAAAAAUACUUAUGAAAGUUUAACUUUGAACUUCGUCUUGACGAAAAGUAUGAUAUUUUAUGCAUACCUGUAGGAAGGGCGAUAAUUCGCUGGACUUGAUAUUGUUAAUGUGUACGUGUUCAUUUAGCCAAGUGGUACUUAUGUGUAUUGAAAAGUGUGUACACGUGUGUAUAAGUAAACAUUGGUGCUACACAUGUGCACACGUGUAUACCUUAUUGCAAUUGCUUAACA